AUGUAUGAAUUCGUUGCAGGACCAAAAGAAACACUGGAUCAAUUGCACCGACUGUUUGAGAAAGCCGACAAUGAACAAUACACCUAUCUGGGAAUCAACAGUACCGAGUUUUGCUUUCCGGAGGACAUGCACGCAGGAUUCCAAUGGCCACUGGCGCGGGUUGGCCAGACCGUUGCACCGCAAACUCUAUGCUUAAUCGAACCUACGGGAUUGCCUUUGAGGAGAAGAUGUAUCGGAAACCGAAUCUACGGGGGCUAUUGGGAGCAAUUGAACGGAACUGCGUUCCAGUGUGCAACGAAUGUUCGUACGGAAACGUUAAAAUUAUACAAUUAUCAAACUAAUCCAAUACAGCACGAGGCAGUCGCCGAGAUUCUGACCGACCUCAUCGGCGUGAUAGAUUCCACCGCUGCGCUAGUUCCCGCUGACGUAUUCUAUCUCUCGAAGACGAUUGAAAACAUUAAGUCGACAUUAUUCAAUGAAAAUAGUAAUAAUGGCACUGUAUUUGGUAACAAAAGGGAGAGCUUGUACAGUAGAUUGUCGGCCAUACUGAACCGGGUGAUGUACGUGAACGAGUCAAUUCUGCUGAACUCUCAAGUAGCGCUGAACGCGACAAACAUCCUUCUGGACGCCACGGAUGCCAUAAUAAAUCAAAUAUCAGUGACAAAUAGUACCACCGCAGAAGAUGGCUCAAUUGGCGGUAACAAUAGUAAUCCAGUUGGCGUAGAGCAUGGCGAUAAUAAAAUUGACCGCAUGAUUAAUUUAAAUGGAUCAUUACUCUACCGGACGGGCCGGUUGGUUUUACUGAUAGCCGAUCCUGCCGUUGCUAAUGUCACUGGAAUUGCGCUGCUAAAAGAUGUGCAAUAUUAUGGGGACACCGAAGAACCCGUACCGGCAGGUACGGAUAGUUUCGAUGAAUAUCAAAUAAGACUGAUUACAGCCGACGAAUCGGAGGAGGAUAUAAUGGAAGAGGAAAAUCUGGAAAUAGCUAGCUAUAUUCCGAGCACUCUGCUAGAGAAUAUAAAGCUCUUAGCAGAAACUGAGGACGCCAACAAUACGAAACAACUGCGUGUUGUAAUAACAGUAUUUUUCAAUGAUCACAUUUUUAAGGAAGUAACUAAUGGUUCUGUUUCUAAAGCAAACAGUAAAGUUAUCAGCAUCACACUGCCGGGAUUCGGUUCGGAUUUGCCGGGAGAACUUCCGAUAUUCUUUCGAGAUACCGACGUGAAUAAAUCCAGUAAUUGUGGGUACUGGGACUUCAACGUCAACGAAAUAGAAGCAAUGCCACAAUGGUCAUACAAGAGAUGUUAUAUGGUACAACAGGAUCAUGACCUGUCGCUAUGUAAAUGUUCGCAUCUAACUUCCUUUUCGCGACUUUGCAUGGAUAUGCAAUAUGUCGAAAGUACUGGUGUAUCGCAAAAAUUUAUUGGCGAUCAGGGAAAUAUUGUGCUGGACGUAAUAACCGCAAUCGGGUGCACUUUGUCCCUUCUGGGUGUGGGCGGGAUCUUUAUAACCGCGAUAAUUUUCCCAAACUGGAGGAGUACUGCCAACUCCAAAGUUCUGCUUCAACUAUCGCUGGCCAUUGCGAUUGAAAUGUUCAUUGUAUUUCUUGAAGGACCGGAUAUUGAACGCGACAAGGAGAGCAAUCCUGUUUCGCAAACUAAACUUGCGAGAGAUCCAAGAUCCGAUCUAAUCCAAGAAUGCAACUUGCAGACUCACUAUUUGUUUAUGGACUUCAAGGUGGUGUACGAUUCAAUUAACCGAGUUCGACUGUAA